AUGGAUCUUCUAGAUAGACUCCACGCGCUCGAGAAAGCCGAGGAUGAACGAAAUGCGGAGCCGCAGACUCGCGAAAGAAAGAGCUGGAUUGAGGAUUGGGAUGAUGAUAAUGAUUUCGUUAUUGAUAAUGAGGAUCUCACUUUCCGAAGUAAUUCCACUACAAAUACGCAAUCUCACCACCGUGAUAGCCUCUCUUCCUUCCGAUCCGAUCGAGAGUCUCUACCUGGAAACGACGAAAGACAGUUGCAUUUACCCGGCAAUGACGAGAAGUCGACUAUGGAUGCGAUUGCUGCUGCUGCUCAUGCGGGAAUUCCGAUACCUACGAAUGUGCCGCCGUCUGCUUUGAUGGGGGGUACCAUAAAGCGACUAGGAGGAAGAAAAAUGAAGAAGAUUUUCCAAGAAGAUUAUGGUGACGAUUUAGAGUUUCCUAUUACUGGUCCGCUUCGUUUAAAGCCCCAGGACGGCAAAACGUACCCCGAGUCCCUAAGACAAAUAAGCAUGUCGAGCCCCACGAAACAGCAAGCUCCGAUUACUGCCCGGGAGCCACAUGGGCAAAUCUCGCCAAAGACCUUAGCAACACCUAUCAACUUGGACAAAUUUCGAGAUGACGAUGAUGACGAUGAUGUCUUCGGCGACGGAGCCGCAACUAUCAAAGCCCCAAAGCUUCGUCCUGAAUCUAGACCUAUAUCAUUAAUAACCCCUCCUACGCCUUCACCUCAGAAAAAGCGAGGUGAUGAGGAUAUUGAAGGAGAUCUAGAGUUGCCAUCAGAUGGAUUGUUGAAACUUUCUAGAAAGAUGGACAUCCCUAAGACGCCGGCAUUGAAUACGAGCGAUGACUUCGACUGGGGAGAGGGUAGCCUAGGAACUCGAUUUGGCGGUACAAAGCGAGAUGCCUUUUCAACCCGCAGUUCGUCAGUAUCAGCCCUCAGUCCAAGUCUCGCUAGUUCUAUCACAGCUGAAAGUGAGGACGAAAUUUUCGAUGGUCUACUUCUCCCGAAUGGUCCUUUGGACUUAAGCGAACGACUGAAACGACGCAAGCAAGAUCAAUCCCCAGAUGGACGGCCUGGGCACUCUGUGUUGGGAAAGCGAGUUUCGUUACCUAAUAAUGCAGUUAAACCUACAGCAGACAAUGAGGACCCCUUGGAUGGUCUUGACUUUGGUGAUGGGGAUGUACUCCGCCCUGAUAAGUCCACGUUACAUCGCAAUGUCAAGGUCAAAGAAACUCGACUGGUUAGUCCUACACGACCGAAGACAUCGAUCUCUGUAACCUUCACCAAUAAACCGGUUACAUCGACGCCUGUCUCUCGUCUGCCCCGACCUAUGGGUAACCAUGAACGUGCACUGACUCAGCCUUCGCUUGAGCCUGUAUCCGAAAGCGGUGGCCCUAUACUCCCACGACCUUCUCGAAGAUCUCAAUCACGCAUUGGUCAUUCCUCACAAUCUUCCAUCUCAAGCAUCCACACGCCUACUACACCCUCCUCGGCACAGUCAGCCCAAUUUUCUACACCACGAAGAAGAGACCUGAGCCAAAAGGCUUCUAUUGGAGCCUUGCGUAACGAACCUACUACGACAAGCGCACAACUCCUUAGACUAAAGCGCUCUCUACCAGCUUUGCGUCAUGCUGCUGCACCAGCGAAGCCUGCAUCUUCGCGGUUUGAUCGACCACCCUCGCGCACCGAUUCACGCGUCGAGUCUAGCAGACCCCAGUCUAUCCUACGACCGAAGACUCCAGUUGAUCGAGCUCGCCCCGUUUAUGAAAGUAGCGCAGCACAGGCAAGAAGAAAUCCCUUCUUACCCGCCGGUGCAUCUCAAUCACAGUCGCAGCAUGUAAGUGCCAAGAGUACGCAGGGUACACGACCGUUUCGACGUCACGAUUCCGAUCAUGGCCCAGAACUUCGACCCUUAUCUCGCGCCUUCUCUCGGACCGGGGCGAGAUCACCAAGCCCAAGAAGGGCGCGUAAUGAGAAGAUGUCAGCCGAGCCUAUAUGGCAGCAGGUCAGCAAGCCACGACGAGUACGCCGCUUUGGUGAUGGUCAUGAACUUGACUCAUUUGAUGACCUUCCGACAUCAGCGCAGGCCGAAUCUAAGUUUGUUAAGCAGCCAGUUGCAUGCGGAAAUAGAACGAAUAUCCGAAAUAAGAUUUACCAGAACGUUUUGCCAGAGCGAACUACGCCAAGUCCUGUAUCUCCUUUCUCGCCAGCGAGACUCGACUCUUUACCGCACUUUGCCCGAGAUACAGCUGCCAGUCGUAUUGCCAGAGAGACGAUCUUAGCACAGCGAGCACCCGCCUCGGGACCACUUGCUCCCGUCACUAAUCCGAGGGUUGCGCAGCUAUCUGCUAGGGGAAAUUUUGGGCUACAUAGUUAUAAUACACCCAGGGCUAAGAGAUCUCAAAAGACCCCUCAGCUCAAGCCGCACUUGAUUUCCAACCUGAGCUCCGCAAAGGAAACCAAAGUUGUCAAUGGCAUGACAUACAAUCCAACAACGUUCCGUUGGGAGGGAAAUGAUAAUGCUCUUAGUGCAUUCGAUGUCCCAGUCCCGUCCCCCACAACAUCUAUCCCCCCUCACGUAACGCGUGAUAGGGAGGGUUCUACUUCGAGGCCAGUACUCAUUACUAAUAUGACUGCCACUAAAGGUGUUAAGCGGGUUGGUGACAUGGUUUUCGAUCCGCAGAAUAUGUGCUGGCUGAAAGCAGACGUAACCCCUUCUAUGUCUAAUGACCCCAUGGAAGGUUUUAAUGCAAUGGAUGACGACGAUCCUUUCAAAGACAUUCCUGACCUUGAUGACAAGGAUAAGGACUCCGUUGGUCAUGGUCGGGGAAGCGACCUUAGGGAUGACUGGCUAGUAGGCGAAGAAUUCGAUGUCGGCCCGGAAUUUAUUAGGCGCCAACACGAAGAGGAGUCACGAUGGCGCCGAAAGUGUGGUCCUUGGAGCAACACCGGUAAUCGGAACCGGGUUGACUUACGAUGGGCAUUAAGAAAGAUGAUCAUGGAAUAG